AUGCUGAUCGUUAUUGUAGGAGUGUUUGCCACACUAUGGUUACCUUACCGAGCCAUGGUCGUGUACAACUCGUUCUCGAAACAACAAUACCUAGAUAUCUGGUUUUUGCUAUUCUGUCGUGUCAUGAUCUACAUUAACAGUGCAAUCAACCCAAUCCUCUACAACGCCAUGUCCGUCAAGUUUCGCCGAGCGUUCCAGAAGGUCCUCUGCUGCGGCAUACAUAAUGUGAAACAGCAGACUGAGGUAUACAGCGAUGGGGUGUGCUAUGAAAGGACGACUAUGGCUAUGAACAGAAAUCCGCACCAGGAAAACACAUAUCUCAUGCUGCCUAACAAACACCUCUCCAAGUCCUCUGAAUCCGUCAAUAACAGUCGAGAUUCCACCGAGAAGAUAUCUGUAUAACACGUGAUUAACACGUGUCAACUCUCAGGUUAACUUUCAACUUCCGGUUCCAUAAUCACGUGAUAUUCCAAAGGCAAUUCUGAACAUCCGGUUGUUAGGAAUCUUCUAGAAUGUCUCCGGGAAACUAGCCCUGGCAAAACGUUAUCUCCCUCCCAGUCUGAACUCAAAACAGCUUUUAAUGUUAUAGAAUUGGGCGAUGCCCUGGAGUAUCCUACUGUUUUCACGCUUUAGACAUCAUGCAUCAUAGCAAUAUCAGUAAUAGUUGAUAUGUGUGCCAGUUCAACAGUAUUUCCUUAUCAUUGUGGUUAUAUUAGCACGUGUGCAUUCGUUAUCUCGAAGUCUGAUAACUCCGACAGUGUGAAUUACAUUAUGAAAUAUACUCGGUUAUCUCGAAGUCUGAUAACCCCGACAGUGUGAAUUACAUUAUGAAAUAUACUCGGUUAUCUCGAACUAUGAUAACUCCGACAGUGUGAAUUACUUAUUUAAUAUAAUCGUUUAUCUCGAAUACUCGAGAUAUAUCGACCCCACUAACUUCGCUAUAACGAGGUUUUUCUAUACACAACAUGUACUCUGUUAACUGAAGCGACAACUGGAAAGUGUAUAAUGCUAUAUAUUAGGGAGGUACAUCGUACGUGACAGUCAAAACUAUUUUUGUAUAUCUUGUAGAUACAAUAGUCUUCUUUAAACAAUAACAUUUACAGAUAUUUAUCAUUUUUUUCGUAUACCUGCGUCAAUGGAUUAUACCACAAACCUGUU